AUGAAGGACGACCGGCCGUUGUCACCGGAGCUUUCGAGUUCUCCAAAGAAGGGGGAUGUCGACGACCGGGACGCGCCUCACUUUGUGGUGGUGUCUAACUUGACGCGGAAUGUCGAGGUUUACCAUCUUAGAGCAAUAUUCGGUAUCUAUGGGGAGAUCCUGAAUGUUGACCUGCCACCUUCUGGUAAUUCGGGACAAAAUCGAGGUCGUGCAUCGCUGGAAUUCUCGACCGCGUCUCAGGCUGAGGCCGCUCAAAAACACAUGCAAAAAGGUCAGAUCGACGGCAAUGUCGUGACCACCGAACUUGAUACUCGUCCUCUA